AUGAGGGUGUUGGUCUCUGUGGCGCUUCUGUGGGCUCUAUACAUAACGGGCAACGAUGCUCAAUGCCCGGACCCAGGCUCGCUAAGAGACCCAAAUGGCGCAAAACUGUGCGCUCGCAUGUUCGAACACAGUCAAGAGAACAGCACUCUCAGCUGCCUAGGGGAGCACCUGAACGCUUACCCGAAAGAUGACUUCCCCAUCAUACCUGUCGGCUGGAACAACCGCAUCUCCUCGCUGGUGGUGUCCAGAUUCUGCUCCCUGACUGUCUGGUCUCGAUCCAAAAAGGAAGGAAAGAGGCGCAAGUUUAAGGCAGGGAUCCAGCCCCAUCUAAAGAACGUCCGCAUGGGUCUGCUCAGAAACUGGAACGACGAAAUCUCCGGGUACUACUGCGAGUGCUAAUUUCUGUCAGAGCUGGCGGA